GAAGGGAGGCCACGCGUCGCCUGCAAGCGGGCUCAGCCGCACGUCCCAGGCAGGGAGGAGGAGGAGGAGGAGGAAGGCAGGGAGGGAGGGAGGGAGGGAGGCGCUGCUGGCCACGGAGGAGAAGCCGGAGGGGGUCGCCAUGGCUCGGCCGCCCCGCCGCCGCCGCCGCCCCCACCUCCACCUCCUGGCGCUGCUCUCCUGCUGCUUUGCCGCCGCCGCCGCCGCCGCCGGGUCCGCCGCGCGCCGCUGCUUCUGCCAGGUCACUGGUUAUUUGGAUGACUGCACGUGCGACAUUGAGACUCUCGAUGCCUUCAACAACUACAAGGUUUUCCCGAGGCUACAAACCCUUUUGGAAAGAGAUUAUUUCAGAUAUUACCAGUGCGAAGCCGAUGAUAUCCAGUCUCCCGAGGCAGAGUAUGUGGACCUGCUGCUCAAUCCGGAGCGUUACACCGGCUACAAAGGUCCUGAUGCCUGGAACAUCUGGAACAGCAUUUAUGAAGAAAACUGCUUCAAACCACAGUCUAUAAAAAGGCCUUUAAAUCCCUUGGCUUCUGGCAGAGGAGAAAAUGAAGGGAACAUGUUUUACAGCUGGUUGGAAGGUCUCUGUGUGGAAAAACGGGCUUUCUAUAAGCUGAUUUCUGGUCUCCAUGCAAGUAUCAACAUCCAUCUCAGCGCCAGGUACCUUCUCCAAGACACUUGGUCCAAGAAGCAAUGGGGUCACAAUGUGACCGAGUUUCAGCAGCGGUUUGAUGAAGUCCUGACUCAAGGUGAGGGUCCCAGGAGGCUGAAGAACCUCUAUUUCAUCUACCUCAUCGAGCUGCGGGCCCUGUCCAAAGUCUUGCCGUUUUUCGAACGCUCGGAUUUCCAGCUGUUCACUGGCGACAAAACCCAAGAUGGAGAAGUGAAGGGUCUCUUGCUGGAGAUUCUCCAUUUAAUCAAAUCUUUCCCUCUGCAUUUUGAUGAAAAUUCAUUGUUUGCUGGAAACCAGAAAGAGGCGUCCAAGUUAAAGGAGGAGUUUAGGCUGCACUUUAGGAACAUUUCAAGGAUUAUGGACUGCGUGGGAUGCAUAAAGUGUCGGAUGUGGGGGAAGCUGCAAACUCAGGGCCUGGGAACCGCCCUGAAGAUUCUGUUUUCUGAAAGGCAAAUCCAGGACAUGCCGGAAAGAGGCCCUUCGCCCACUUUUCAUCUGACGAGGCAGGAAAUCGUGGCCCUCUUCAAUGCUUUCGGAAGGAUUUCAACCAGCGUUAAAGAGCUAGAAACCUUCAGGAACCUCCUACAGACUCUGCAGUGAGGCCGCUUCUGAAGAGGACCAGGGGCCUCAUUUCCUAAGGCAGGACGCUCAGAGCCAUUCGUGCUUCUGCAAGCCACCAAGACCCAGGGGACUGCAACACCCAGCGUCAUCAGAAAGCAGGACUAUUUGAGGGGGGCCACUCAAGGCCUUUGUUGAACUGCAGAAGGGCCUUGCAGGAUUCAAGCAAGAAUGCCAGUGACAGACAGGCGCCCUGGAAAGGAGGGGGCCACCCCUUUGGAGACCACUCUCCGUCCUACGAGGCUUUGGGGUGUCCUGAGCGGACUUCAGUUCGCUUCUUUUUCCUUUUCGUCAAAGACCAAUUGCUUUUCUUUUCGUCCGUUACUGGGAAAUACAAUGUAGGCGUGCCUUCGAGGGUAAAAGAAGCCCGGAAACUGUGAACCCGUUUAAAAUGUGGGCGCAGCUUUGAUUUAAAGGCGGCGGCUGCAAAAGGGAGGUUUGGUUCGGCUCCUAACAUUUGGCACCUUUCUCCUGUUACUGCUCAUAAGAACAUAAGAACUAGCCUGCUGGAUCAGACCAGAGUCCAUCUAGUCCAGCACUCUGCUACUCGCAGUGGCCCACCAGGUGCCUUUGGGAGCUCACGUGCA